CCACCUGGAAGUCGUCCACUCGUUAUCUACGGAGUCAUGUAAGAUGGCCGUACGUCGGUUCGUAGCACGCCGGGGGUCACCUGUCGAAAUUCACUCCGAUAAUGGAACCAACUUUCUGGGAGCCAGCCGUGAACUACGAGAGGAGAUUGAAGCCAUAGGGAAACAACUACAAGAGACGUUCACGAACUCGGCUACCAAGUGGAUUUUCAAUCCACCAUCCGCUCCCCAUUUUGGUGGUGCUUGGGAACGUCUUGUAAGAUCGGUCAAGAUUGCAAUGGGAUCUUUAUGUAGUGAUAGGAAUCCGGACGAUGAAACGCUGCUAACCGUGGUCACGGAAGCAGAAGCAAUUGUGAACUCCAGACCACUCACAUUCAUCCCGCUGGAGAACUCCACCCAGGAAGCACUAACACCGAACCACUUCAUCUUGCUGAGUUCGAACGGUGUAUUGCAACCUCCAAGAGCACUGGAUGAACCUACGAAGGUAACCCGUACGAACUGGACCAUGACUAGACAACUCGUGGACCAGUUCUGGAGGCGAUGGGUCAUAGAAUACCUUCCAUCGAUCGCCAAACGAACCAAGUGGUUCAGUGAGGCGGAAGCGGUAAAGGUGAACGAUCUGGUGGUAAUAGUAAACGAGAACCAGCGCAACGGAUGGACCAGGGGACGUGUCCUAUCGGUUAUAAAAGGAAGCGAUGGACGUAUACGCCAAGCGUUGGUACAAACUACGGGUGGAGUGUUCCGGCGUCCAGUCUCAAAGCUGGCAGUGCUGAAGAUGCAAUCUGAUGGUAACGUUGAUUUGGUAGCGAAAACGGAAGUGCGUUACGAGUCGGGGGAUGUUGCCAAUUCUAGCAGCACUGAAAGUAAGGCCUCUUGCGAUGCCCCCAAUCGGAGUCCGCCUGUGUCCACGAUCAGUAAACGUCAGCGUGAUCAUAAACGUCAAGCAACAGCAAUAUGAACAAAAGGUAGAGGAAAAAGGGAACAAUCCAGCCAUACCGAAGAAGGAAGAUUGAAAUGUGGUUAUUUCGUUAUACUUCUAGUAUAGAUUUUUAAGUUUAUUUCGAACUGAUUAUUUCACCCACGGAGGGACCAAUCUAGACCUAGAUAAAUCUGGUCAUUCGUAUACGUAAGUUUAAAAUUGUUAAAGAUUUGCUUAAUUUACCUAACUUAUUUGUAAUUUAGGGUUAGAAUAAUCUUGAGUCUUUGACUCUUCUUGGAUUUCACUUAGGUUGAGUACACUUUCGGAUAGGUUACACUGCUGUAAUCUGAUUGUAAGUUCAUAAAUUGUUUAUCGAAUAGCUAUAAUUAAAUUUGAUUUGAAUAACUACUAGAUCGACACUAAACCGCGCACAUACAGAGCAGAAUUUGUUGGAUUUGUGCCAAUAUAAGGUAGACCAAAUUGUAAGUGGGAUGAAUUCUAUUUUACUUUCUCUAAUUAAUGAAAUAUAUUAUCUAGCUUCAAGAAUCACGGCACAACGGAAUCCAGUGCGUUUCUUUGAGGAGGUCCGAACCCAAAAAAUCCAACACCCGUACUCACCGAAAUAUGUUCCGGCCAUUGCUCUGGAACCAGCGGAACAAAUCCAGAAACAUUCUAAAACGUUCUAUGGGACCAUGGUAUCUUUCUACUGUUCAAUACUGUGCUAAACUAAUGCAACAUCGUCAUGGAAUUGUGACUGACUUGCGGUUAUUUUUCUCAUUGACGUUGAAUAUAAUCGCAAGUCAGUCCCACUCAGAUUUUGGCCAUAAAAUAAAAAUUUCACGAAAUUUUCCAAUAUGUUUUGGUAAACAUAGAUGCAUUCUAUCGCAUUGUAUAUUUAUUUUUAAAUUUAUCCCUCCAAAAAUAAGUGUCAAAUCAGAAAACUUGUAAAAUCUUUAAACGCCGUUUUCUCAUUUCCAGAUUUUUACAGAUGGGACGGACUUGUAAUUAUGGGCAGUUUAAAGCCUCGAUAUAACGUAACUGUCACUUUUGACUGCCAUUGUCAAAAUCUCCCUAAUAACAAUUGAAUCAUACAAAUUAAUACCACCAAUAAAUGGUGGAUUAUGUCAUCUGUCCUGUCCGAUGGUGAUAUUACUUUACUUGUUUGAAUGAUCGUUUGCGAGAAAUCGGCGAUGGAAGUCAAAAGUGACAGUUCCGUUGUAUCGAGGUUUACCUGUAUCUCAAAAUUUCGUUGAAAAUUUCUGUAAAAUUCUGUUUAAAUUCUGUUGGAAUUCUCAUCAGAAUUCAGCCAUCGAUUUUUUUCAUAACUACUAUUAGGGGUAGACGGGGCCAGAUGAGCACUCUUCAAGUUUACAUCACAAAUCUAAAGUUUGGAAAACUCCUCAUAUGUAACCUUUCAACAAUGAUCCUAGGAUGCAACGUUCCAAAAUUGAUUUAUAAAUAUUCAAUAACUACCAAGAAAUAAGUCCCUAGAGCUUCAAUGGAAGCUACCGAAGCUCAAGGGAAUGUUCAGUCUUUCUUCUUCUUCUUCUUCUUAACGUAGUGUUCUAGCUGUACUUCAACAGUUAUUAAUUGAAAGCUUUCGAUGCCUGUACUAUUUUUGCAUUGGUAUAAUUGUGUGGCAAGUACAACCAUACUCUAUGCCUAGGGAAGUCGAAAAAUGUUCCAUCCCGAAAAAAUCCUAGACCGGAUCAGGAAUCGAACCCAGCCACCUCCUGCAUGGUCUUGCUUUGUAGCUGCACCUUUUCCGACUGAGCUAAACAACCAACCAACCAAUCAGGCUAAGGCCUUGUUGUCCUCUGCUGUCCGAAGCAGGCGUCUCCACUCUACUUGAUCCAUGGCCACACUUCGCCAGCCUCGUAGUCUGCGAAGGGUCCGCAGACUACGAGGCUUGGUCGAUCCACCUUGCCCGCUGCACGCCUCUCUUCUUAUUCCGGUUGGGUCGCUUUCGAGAACCAUUUUCACUGGGUCGUCGUGCGGCAUUCUUACGACGUGCCCAGCUCACCAUAGUCGCCCAAUUUUUGCAAUGUGGACGAUGGAUGGGCGAAAUACAGAAGCGCGUGAUUGGGUGGUGGCCAAUCGAUAGCAGAAUGUGCAAGUUGAGGAUCAAAGGCCGUUUCUCCAAUGUCAGCAUAAUAAACGUGCACAGCCCUCACUUAGCAAGUGAUGAUGACGAUAAAGACGCUUUUUACGUGCAGCUGGAACGGGAAUACGACAGCUGCCCAAGCCACGACGUCAAAAUCAUCAUCGGAGAUCUUAACGCUCAGGUUGGCCAGGAGGAGGAAUUCAGACCGUUUAUAGGGAACUUCAGCGCUCACCAGCUAACGAACGCCAACGGCCUUAGAUUCAUAGAUUUCGCCGCCUCUAAGAACAUGGCCAUACGUAGUACCUACUUCCAGCAUAGCCUCCCAUAUCGGUACACCUAGAGAUCACCGCAGCAGACAGAAUCGUAAAUCAACCACGUUUUGAUCGACGGAAGGCACUUCUCGGACAUUAUCGACGUCAGGACCUAUCGCAGCGCAAAUAUCUAUUCGGACCACUACCUUCUAAUGGUCAAGGUGCGCCAAAAACUUUCGACGCCGGAAUCGACGGAACGAUUGGUUCGACGAAGAGUGUCAGACUGCUUUGGACGAGAAGAACGCAGCGCGGGCGGCGAUCCUGCAGCAAGGAACCGGUCACAAUGUGGAGCGAUAUAAACAGAAGCGAAGACAGCAAACCCAUCUUUUCCGGGAUAAGAAGCGCCGCCUGGAAGAGCUGGAGUGCGAAGAAAUGGAGCAGCUGUAUCGUUCUCAAGAAACACGCAAGUCCCACCAAGAUUUUGGGCCACGAGCCGAAAUGUGUCGGGAUAAGAAAGAGGGUAUCUUAACGGACGAACGUGAGGUGAUUGAAAGGUGGAAGCAGCACUACGAUGAACAUCUGAAGGGCGCAGAGGCGGAGGACCAAGGCGGCAGGAGG